AUGCACACUGCUCUGGACACGGUAGAAAGGUGGUGCCUUGGUCAGAAUUUGAGGGUUAACCCCACUGAGACUGAGCUGGUGCUGUUCACAAGAAGAAGGAACCUCACAUUAAGGCCUCCCACAUUAUACGGCGUAGAGCUCAAACUCUCCAGGGAAGUCCGAUAUCUCGGAGUUAACCUGGACAGUAGACUCACGUGGAAAAGCCACAUCACCAAACAGGCACAAAAGGCAAUGGCUACCUCCUGGGCCUGCAGGAGGAACGAUGUUUGGACGAACUUGGGGACUGAAACCAGAAAUGGUUCGUUCAGGACCACCCCAACAGUGGCGAUGUGCGCUCUGCUAAACCUGCUACCACCGCAUGUCACGGCGAUGGCAGAGGCAAGAAAUACAGCUUGCAGACUGUACGUGAGUGGAAGAUGGAUUAGGGCCAGGCAGGGUCAUGUGAGCAUCCUUCAACAGACUGAGGACCACCAUGAGGUACUCAGCCUCGGGGGUGAUCGCUGCCCAACGGGCAGCCCCACGUAUUCCACCACCAUUCUUCAGUCCACUACCCCAGCAAACGUAGUGUCCCAGGGAGGGCUAGUCUGGUUCACAGACGCGGCCAAAUCGGGAACAGGAGCGGGUGCGGGGGUAUGGUGCGGAGGGCCCAGGAUGGAGAAAUGUUUGCGAUCUGGGCCUGCGCCAGAGCGAUCCUGGACAAGGGAUACAGACGCAAGCACAUUUUUAUAUGCAGCGACAAUAAGAAGCUGUGUAGACCUGUUGUCCCAGCUUGCCAGGGACAACAGGGUGAACCUCAUCUGGGUGCCGGGGCACGCCGGCAUCCGAGGGAACGAGGAAGCACACGAUCUAGCCAGACAAGGGACCAGAGGGACCGAGAGCACGAUCGUGUGCUCCGUGGGAGUCCCAGCCGGCCAUGUAAGAACACUGAAUAGGCAGUGGGCAGAGGUCCGCCUUCUGGACCUCUGGAGGCAUAGAUCGACAAUGAGACACACGAGGGUCAUGCUAGAGCAUCCUUCCAGUGGACUGGGUAGUACACUGGUAAGACUGGACCGCGAUAGGCUCAGGCUUGUUGUCGGGCUCGUCACGAGGCACUGGCACACUGGAAGGCAUCUAGCUAGACUGGGACUGCGGGAUAACCCCACCUGUCCUAGAUGCGGAGAAGCGGAUGAAACCCCGCUACACGUGAUUGCUGGGCGCAGGGCACUUGAGGACUCUAGGGAAAGGAUCCUAGGUGACCGGCACCUAGUACGUGCAAGGUGA